AUGUACAGAGAACAGAGUGGACCAAAUUCACCGCUUUCAAAAUAUCAGAGUACUCCAGAUGAUGCAUCGAUCGAAUGUGAAUGUUAUGAUGAGUUAAAUAUUUUAGAGAAAGGUUAUACAGAAGUGAUUGCUUGUAAAUCAACUAAAGCACACUGUAGCGAUGGAGAAAUUAAAAAAAUUUCAGAUGAAAUAGUUGACAAUGAAGAUGCUCAGGAAAACAUUUCUGAUGAAACCAAAAGAUUACUGAUAAGCAUUCCUGGUCACAGACCUAAAGGACCAUUUCCCAAAGAUCCUAGUCAACAGAACAGAAGUUUCAGUGAAACUUACUAUUAUUCUACAUCAAACUAUAGCCCAGUCCCACGAUUAUGGAUUUGUUAUUCAAGUAUGUUGGACGCAGUAUACUGUCAACCUUGUUGGCUUUUUUCAAGCAUCAAAAGUCAAUGGUAUUCGGGGAUAAAGGAUUGGAAAAAUUUAUCACAAAAGAUAAAAAUGCACAGUUCAUCCCAACAUCACAUUGAAGCCUGUGCGGUGCUCAAAUUAUGGAAGAAAAAUAAAACCAUCGAUAAAAAAGCUGAAGAUGAAAUACGAUAUAGGGCAUCAUUUUGGCAGAUGGUUCUAGAACGAUUAUUCCGCAUAACACUUAUGUUAUCAAAAAAUUCUUUGGCAUUUUGUGGUCACCUUGAAGGAUUUACUGAGGAUUAUAAUGGAAACUUUUUAUCACAAGUUCAAUUACUUUCUAACUAUGACAGUGUCAUGAAACAAAUUUUAGAAAUGCAAUCUGGUUCAAUCCGAUACUUAAGUCCGACCACACAGAAUGAACUAAUACAUUGCCUGGGAAAAAAGUUAUUGAAUGACAUGAUUGCAAAUAUUAAUUCAUCACCAUUUUAUGCCCUAAUGUUAGACACAACACAAGACAUUACCAAGAGAGACCAAUUAAGUGUUAUAAUACAGCAUGUUCACAUUGUUAGAAAUGUUAAUCAAGAACCAACUCAUUUUAAAAUUAAGGAAACAUUUUUAGGAUUUUAUGAAUUGAAGGACCAUUCAGCAGAGGGAAUGACUAAUUAA